AUGGCUGAGUCAAUCUACAACAACUAUCCGCCUUCCCUGUCCACAGCCCAGCAGGAGUAUCUGGUAACCACUAUCAAGGACUGGGCUAUCCAAAAUGGAUUGGCCGUUCGUCCCGCACCGAAUAUGCUACCGGAGGGUGCAGAUCCAAAUCGUGUUUUAGCAACCAAUGCACCCGUGACCAUUUUCCCUAGCCCGUUCCCUAGAGCGUGCUUUGAAGAGGCGCAGGCACUGCAAACUGCAUACAACCAACUCUAUGCCUCGAUCACCUGUGAUGAAAAAUGGCUCGGGAAGGUCAUGGAAGAGUUGAUUGGUGUUGAUGACUUUGUUGCAAAUUUGUGGAAUACACAUCUAGCAGUCCAGAAAGAGGGCUAUGCGCAAACCCUUUCACUGGGUCUGUACCGAUCCGACUACAUGGCACAUGUGACACCCAGCCAUGCGCCUGCCUUGAAGCAAGUUGAAUUCAAUACAAUUUCCUCCUCAUUUGGAGGCCUUUCGGCGCUCGUGAGGUCUUUGCACACGGAACUCCUGGCAUCACCACCCGGCUCUCCGAUCAGUUAUCCACCUCACCCCCUGCUUCAAUCUGGGCCGCCGCCUGAGAAUACUUCUGUGGAGACACUUUCUGGAGGAUUAGCAAACGCACAUAAAGCGUAUGGACCAUCAAAGUCCAGUCCAGAGCUUCCUUUGUGUGUACUUUUCAUAGUCCAGGAUGGCGAGCGGAAUGUAUUCGAUCAACAUGCGCUUCAAAAACGUCUAACAGGCCAUCAUAAAAUCCCUGUUUUCCGAGUACCCAGCAAUCAUAUAUUCGAUCACACCUCAAUACCUAGUGAUAACUCCUCUCGACCCUUGAUUUAUCGCCCUGCUCACUCUCCAGCAUCCGCUUUUGAAGUCACCACAGUCUAUCUUCGUGCCUACUAUUCUCCUGAUGAAUACAAAUCCAGUCGCGACUGGGAGGCGAGACUACAUCUUGAGCGUUCUGCAGCAAUUAAGUGCCCGAGUGUUCUUAACCAGUUAGCUGGCUGCAAGAAGGUCCAACAAGUCCUCGCAGAGCCUACAGGACUCGACCAUCUAUCAAAAUUCCUCGGUGGCAUUGAUUCCACGGUGAUCACAAGACUAAGAGAAACUUUUGCUCCUCAGUAUGAUCUUUCACCAAAUGGACAAGGUCGUGAUUUGGCUCUGAAUCCGGAGACUGCUAUGAACCAUGUUCUUAAGCCCCAGCGAGAGGGUGGGGGCAACAAUAUCUAUAAGGCUGAGAUUCCAGGGUUCCUUCGAUCUAUACCUGAGGCAGAUUGGAAGGGCUGGGUGCUUAUGGAGCUCAUAAACCCAACGCCAAAUGCCGAGAACGUUGCUUUGCGAAAUGACGGAGAAGUUUUACGCGGUAAUGUGAUUUCUGAACUGGGUAUUUACGGCACGAUCUUGUGGGACAAUACAGGAAAGAUUCUUCAUAAUGACCAAGGUGGAUGGUUGUUAAGAACCAAAGGCAAAGAGGUGAAUGAGGGUGGUGUAGCUGCUGGAUUUUCUAGUUUAGACAGCAUGGUUCUUUUCUAG